GGAAUGGCAAAAGUUUGUCCAGAGACUUCUGCACCUUUGCACCAAUUACCCCUCAUUUCUCCAAUAUUUAAAAGAUUAUUUAACUGUACAUUCACACACUUCCCACUUUGGGAAGCAUAAUUGACUAUAUGAAAGCUCUGCCCGGUACGGAAAAUAUUUGUUUAAUGCAGGCGUGGGUGGGUUUUCUGCCCGGGGAAUGGCCCCAUUUUUGGGGUUGGAAGAUCAAGGCUCUUGAAAGAAGGAAUGGGGCUAUAGAGCAGAGUUUUUUUUCUGCUCCUGGGGUUCGGUUCAAUCUUUGUGGGCUCAUUUGGGAUUUCCAUGAAAACUGGUGCUACCAGUUUUUGAGCUUCUGCAAGUGCUAAUAAAAAGGUUUCAUUCUUGUUCAGCUUUGUGAUACAAUGUCUUCUUCGCUGCCUGCCCAGUCCUCUACCGGUUCAGCAAGAUCUAGACAUAGUGCCCGGGUCAUUGAACAAACGUCCAUAGACGCGAAGAUCCAUGCAGACUUUGAGGAGUCAGGUAGUUUGUUUGACUACUCGAACUCAGUGCGUGUAACAAGUGUGGAUAGCGGAGAGCAGAGACAGAGGUCUGACAAAGUAACUACGGCUUAUCUCCAUCAAAUACAGAAAGGCAAGCUGAUCCAGCCGUUUGGGUGUUUGUUAGCCCUGGAUGAGAAAACAUUCCGAGUAAUAGCUUACAGCGAGAAUGCUGCCGAUAUGCUGACAAUGGUCAGUCAUGCCGUUCCCAGUGUUGGAGACCACCCUACUCUUGGCAUUGGAACUGAUAUCAAAACUAUUUUUACUGCCCCGAGUGCUACAGCAUUGCAGAAGGCCUUGGGAUUUGGUGAGGUUUCUCUACUAAAUCCUAUCUUGGUUCACUGCAAAACUUCUGGGAAACCGUUUUAUGCUAUAAUCCACAGAGUCACAGGCAGUUUAAUCAUUGACUUCGAGCCCGUCAAGCCUUACGAAGUCCCCAUGACUGCUGCUGGGGCCUUACAAUCUUAUAAGCUCGCGGCCAAAGCUAUUACAUGCUUGCAGUCCCUACCCAGUGGGAGCAUGGAAACACUUUGUGAUACAAUGGUGAACGAGGUUUUUGAACUCACCGGUUAUGAUCGGGUGAUGGCUUAUAAAUUUCACGACGACGAUCAUGGAGAGGUAAUAUGUGAGAUGACAAAGCCCGGACUUGACCCUUAUCUGGGUUUGCAUUAUCCAGCAACAGAUAUACCGCAGGCUGCCCGCUUUUUGUUCAUGAAGAACAAGGUCAGGAUGAUAUGUGACUGCCGAGCAAAACAUGUUCAGGUGCUUCAAGAUGAAAAUCUUCCUUUUGAUCUUACACUGUGUGGCUCGACGCUGAGGGCUCCACACGGUUGCCAUUUACAAUACAUGGAAAAUAUGAAUUCAAUUGCAUCUUUGGUAAUGGCAGUUGUAGUGAACGAGGGGGAAGAAGAGGAAUCUAAUUCUGCUCCUGGACAAAAGAGAAAAAGGCUUUGGGGGUUAGUGGUAUGUCAUAACACAACUCCAAGGUUUGUUCCCUUUCCUCUCCGAUACGCGUGUGAGUUUCUUGCUCAAGUUUUUGCCAUCCAUGUUAACAAGGUUUUAGAACUGGACAAUCAGAUUCUUGAGAAGAAAAUUCUGCGGACUCAAACACUCUUGUGUGAUAUGCUGAUGCGAAAUGCACCCUUAGGCAUCGUGUCGCAAAGCCCCAACAUAAUGGAUCUUGUGAAAUGUGAUGGGGCUGGUUUACUAUACAAGAAUGAGAUAUAUAAGUUGGGAUUAACUCCGACUGACUUUCAGCUGCGUGAUAUACUUUCAUGGCUUAAUGAAUACCAUAUGGAUUCCACAGGUCUUAGUACAGACAGUUUAUUUGACGCUGGCUUUCCUGGGGCUCUUGCUCUCGGGGAUGCUAUAUGUGGGAUGGCGGCUGUUAAAAUAACCGAAAAGGAUUGGCUUUUCUGGUUCAGGUCGCAUGCUGCUGCCGAAAUUCGUUGGGGCGGAGCUAAACAUGAUCCGGGUGAGAAAGAUGAUGGUCGGAAGAUGCACCCUAGGUCAUCUUUCAAAGCAUUCUUGGAAGUUGUUAAAACACGGAGUUUACCUUGGAAUGAUUAUGAGAUGGAUGCAAUCCAUUCUUUGCAGCUUAUACUGAGAAAGGCAAUCAAGGAGACCGAGGCUACGGACUCAAGAACCCAAAUAAUCCAUGCAGGGCUCAAUGAUCUCAGAAUUGAUGGAAUGCAGGAACUAGAUGCAGUGACAACUGAGAUGGUCCGAUUGAUUGAAACGGCCACCGUGCCAAUCUUGGCCGUUGAUGUAGAUGGACAGGUGAAUGGGUGGAACACAAAAAUUGCCGAGCUAACUGGUCUUCCUGUCGAAGAAGCAAUUGGCAGGCAUUUUCUAACACUUGUGGAGGAUUCUUCUGCUGAUACAGUGGGCAGGAUGUUGGAAUUGGCACUGCAGGGGAAAGAAGAACGCAAUGUACAAUUUGAGAUUAAAACUCAGCGGUCAAUGGGUGAUUCUAGCCCUAUCAGCUUAGUCGUAAAUGCUUGUGUAAGUAGGGAUGUUAGGCAAAAUGUUGUAGGAAUAUGUUUUAUAGCGCAGGAUAUAACAGCCCAGAAGAUUAUCAUGGACAAGUUCACUAGAAUUGAAGGAGAUUACAGAGCUAUUCUACAAAAUCCUAACCCAUUGAUCCCGCCCAUAUUUGGCACUGACGAGUUUGGUUGGUGUUCUGAGUGGAACUCAGCCAUGACAAAGUUAACUGGAUGGCGAAGAGAGAGCGUGAUCAAUAAAAUGCUUCUUGGAGAAGUUUUCGGUACACAUAAUGCCUGCUGCGGUCUCAAGAAUCAAGAGGUGUACGUGAAUCUUGGUAUUGCACUCAACAAUGCAGUGACAGGUCAAGAAUCCGAAAAAAUACCAUUUGGUUUUUUUGCUAGGAGUGGGAAGUACGUGGAAUGCCUGCUAUGUGUGAGCAGAAAGUUAGAUGGAGAGGGUGCACUAACUGGCGUUUUCUGCUUCCUGCAACUGGCAAGUCCAGAAUUGCAACAAGCACUUCACAUUCAACACUUAUCCGAGCAAACUGCACAGAAGAGAUUAAAAAUCUUAGCUUAUAUUAGAAGGGAAAUUAGAAAUCCUCUUUCGGGGAUUAUAUUUUCACGGAAGAUGAUGGAAGAAACUGAUCUGGCAGGUGAGCAGAAAAUUCUACUCCGUACUAGUGCUCAGUGCCAACAUCAACUGAACAAGAUUCUUGAUGAUACAGAUCUUGACAGUAUCAUUGACGGGUAUUUGGAUCUGGACAUGAUGGAAUUUGAGCUGCAGGAUGUAUUGGCUGCUUCCAUUAGUCAAGUCAUGAUGAAGAGCAAUGGAAAGGGCAUUACGGUAGUUGAUAAUUUGGCUCAAAACCUCUUAAGCGAAACGCUGUAUGGAGACAGUCUGAGGUUACAGCAAGUCCUAGCAGAUUUCUUGUUAGUUUCGGUCAAUUUCACACCUAGCGGAGGCCAGCUUGGUGUUGUGGCCUCUUUGACUAAAGAUAGUUUAGGACAAUCAGUUCAGCUCGGUCAUUUGGAAUUCAGGAUAACACACACCGGUGGUGGAGUACCGGAAGCAUUGUUGAGCCAAAUGUUUGGUACUGGGGCAGAAGCAUCCGAGGAGGGCAUAAGCCUACUGAUCAGCAGAAAACUGGUGAGGCUCAUGAAUGGGGAUGUUCAGUACCUGAGAGAGGCCGGGAGAUCGACCUUCAUCAUAUCAGUUGAACUUGCAGUUGUGGAAAAAAACCGUGCGUGAGUGUUGCUUAUAGCAUUAUUUUCCGACAAAAAACUGCUUCUUUGUGGCGAAGCCAAGUUGCUUUUCUCUGCAUUGUAAACAUAUCUACACACCUGUUUUCAGCAUACUUUCUUUUAAGUGAAACAAUCAGAUUGAGUGUUUGAUUUUAGUUUGUAGUUGUCAAAAGGGAGUUUUUAUUUUUC